UGUUACUUGUCAACACAUGGAAGUUGGGCGGUGGAGAAACGUAAGGAUCUAAACACUUGUUCACUCAACUAAUCCGCAAAGUCCAAGCAGGCCCACGUGUCCUUACCUUUCUUCUGAAGAAGAAGCGAACACAAACUGGCGCUGAACUCCGCUCACGUUCCUGGACGACUGGGUCAGGGGUUUGGCGCCUUUAUGAAGGAGGGAGGACGCAGAUGUAUUAGUCGGUGGCGUCAGAAAGGAUGGAGAGCAGCUCACAUGUUUUUCAGAUCUCUGGAAUCAAGGCACGUGAUAAGAAGAGAGCAUUGGUCCAGGGGAUCCAGCAGCUGGGUGGGAAAUACAUAGGUGGCUCGGUUUAUCAACAUGCCAGCACCCAUCUCAUCAUCCCUCAGGUGUUGUCCAGUGAAAAGUUUUUGGCAGCCUGUGCUGCAGGAAAGUGGGUUGUGACUCCGGACUAUGUGCUGGAAAGUAUUAAGAAUGGUUCCUGGCUUGCGGAGGGACUCUAUGAGGUGACCAUAUCCCCGGUGGCCUCCUCCACCUUCUACCCCGUCAGGCAGUGGAGGGAGAAGGUGGCCAGUGGGAGACUAAAAGGAGCCUUUCAAGGGUGGAGGGUCCUCCUCAUGGUCCAGGAGCCCACUCGCAGAGCCAUGUUCAAACGGCUGCUCAUAGCAGGCAAGGCAGAAGUUUUCAACAGCCCUCCUCCGUCUCCUGCCUCCAUCACUCAUGUCAUGGCUAAACCUGUUAUAGAAAUCUCAAAGUCCUACAGCGCUCCUUGUUACCCUGUGAGCCAUAUUGUCCAGCACCUGUUUGGGAGCAAUUGUGUGGAUAUGAAUUUCAACGUAACAGAUCAUCAUCCAACAGAGACGAAGAGGACCAGGUUUGUUGAUCUUGACUUCUCCAACCUGGAGACGGAGCUCAGGGACUAUGUCGUCAAAAAGGAGGCCCGGCCGAGACUGUGCCUCCUUGAGUUUCUGGGUUAUCAUGACCCUCACCGUCCACUGUCACAGGCAACAGAGACAGACUUCAGCAACAUUGGUAGUAUGAUAGAGUGCGGCCUCUUCGCUGAAGCCUUGGACUCGAUCAGAAGUGCUAUGUUUCCAGGUCUGCUGCCACCGGGGCCGUACCUGAUCUCCCUCUUAGAAUACGCACAGCAGGGAAACGCCACGUCUGUCUUCCUGAGAAACUUCCUGCAGGUCAUGAAUAACCUGCUCUUUACGAACCCUCCCUGGCUCGCUCCCAGCACAGUGAAGAAAUAUUUCGCCCAGGUGCUGCAGUGUCCUCGGUGCAAGACGGGACUUUGGCCUUUUCUGCAGACGGCCAUCAGUUACUGUCUGUCCGGUGAGGUCACUUGUCACCCACUUCCCGGCCCGGCCCCGCCACUGCUGAUACGUUUCCAUAGUGACCUCGUGGCGUUUGUCCUCAGGCUCUUCCAGGGGGAGCUCCACUUCAUCACCUCAGGGGAUUUUGUGCCUCAGGGAGCAGCAGUUCCUCCGGCGUCGGCAUCAGGGUCUUUGCUAUAUGGAACCUUCUGGACCGUGUGGGAGCGCUCCACACUGCUGUCUCAAGCUGUGAAACAACUUACUCAGCUCCUAGUACAGGCGGCCAUUGAGGAUUACGUAGAGACGGAUGAGACGCAGAUGCUGCAUUUGGCGGACACUCUGCUGGACCUGCUGUCUGUGCUGGUGGAGUUCUGGUGUCAGCAGCACUUCAAACUGAACCAGAGCCUGGUGAACAAGGGCCUGAAAGACCUAGCAGAGCACUUUGCUCUCGUCAGCCAAGAUGUGUCUCCAGAGGUUCUGGCAGAGGUCGUCAUCAGGGUUUCCUCCACCAGACUUAAGUUGGUGAUGGCUGAUGCCAUAUUCAGGAGUCUGUGUUGCAGAAGUGGAUUCACUGUGAGAGACGAACCUCUCUCUCUCAAGAAAAUGGUGCUGUCCUACCUGCCUGCCCUGGGAAGUUUAUCUCAGAGCCCCAGCGGCGCUCGCCUCGGGACCAGACCCACCUCCCACAGCUGCACCAGCCAGGAGACUGACUGCAGAACCCAGAGCUCUUUGGAGAAUGAGACCAGUCUGGAGAAAGAGAACAUCCCCCGAGGGUUGAGCAGAGUCAAUGCAGCAGGAGAGACCCUCCUCCACCGAGCUUGCAAGAGGAACCAAGUGGAGACCGUGCUUCAAAUCCUGGCGCUUCCUGGCACGGACGUCAACAUUAAAGACCAUGCAGGAUGGACGCCGUUGCAUGAAGCGUGUAAUCAUGGCAGCGCUGCAUGUGUGGAGGCUUUGCUGUGUCACCGCCCCGCACCGGUGUUUGAUAACCAGGUGGCUGGAAUUAGUCCACUUCACGAUGCCUUGCUCAAUGGACACAUGGACAUCGCCAAGAUGCUACUGGAGCACGCAGGCUCAGUUCUCAUCCAGCAGACUGACAGAGACGGGCGGACCGCGCUGGACCUGGUCUCUGAUACCAGUCGGAGGGAGGAGCUCCUUCACAGCGCACAGGUUGGAGACUUGGCCCUGACGAACAAAGACUCUGAGGUCUUGAACCUUCCCCUCCUGGAGGCCGGAUCCUGCCUGCUGGCACACUUAAUUUUCUCCUAUCAGCAGGAAAGGGGCCUGCCGGGCCACACGCAACCCAGCGAUAAGGCCCUCAGCCUGGGCUACAGGCUGGUCAGGGCCCUGGAGACGCACUCCUUCCAAAAGGUGACUCUGGGCUGGACGGACCAGCGGGUAGUGAGGCUGGCGGAAGAUGCAGAGACGCUGUUGGCGCUCAGCAGAGGGAGGUACCUGGGGCAAGUGUCUCCGGCUAUUAAAGAAUGUAAAGGACAGAACACUAGGUUCCUAAUGGAGAUACUGGAGGAUCUGAAGACUCGGGCAAAAACGCUAGUCGCUGAUCUCUGACACGGGCUCGACGGACAAUACACAAAAAGUGCCUUAAAGAACAAACUGAUUGAAAUGUUAACAGAAGGGUAUCUGUGUCUAUGGUAAAUUACCCGGUCACACAAUUCACUGAUGCCUAAAAGUGUCCACACUGGCCUUCUACUUUCUUCCCUCUCAGGUAAAUGGGUAAACAAUUGAUUGUGAUUUUGAAGUUAGAUGGAUGUUAAUUUCUCCAGAUAUGGUUUUAUACUCGAUCGUCAUUGUAACAUGGUUUGGUUAAGUCAUUCCACCUUGCUUUGGUUUAAAAUGUUGGAUUCUUUGCAAAUGUUUCUGAAAUGGAAUGUGUAAUUCUGUUGAAUGUUUUUAUAUUGUUACUACCUCAAGUUUCGACUUUCUACAGUUCCAGUAUGUUUGAAGAUAAAGUUGUUUUUUCACGUGUUAAUAACUAUUAUUUAUAACAAAAUAAAUUAAAUUUGUUGAUGGUUGUAUAA